AUGGGCUGGGGUCACUCACUGAGCAGCGAGGCCAGACGCACACGGGGACGUCCAAGCAGGAGAGGACCAGAGCAAGCCCCACCAGCCAGCUGCGCCCUUCUCCGUGGCCACUUGAGGACGGCACCCUUUGCCAUGGCGGUCCCAGCAGCAGGACCAGCACAGCCCACAGCGGGAGCACCCCUGGCGAGAGUCCGGCGGAGGGCUACGCCGACGGAGCCCGUCAGCCCCGACACCAUCUACGCCAUGGCGGCCCUCAUGCUCCUCGGCCACCUCGUCUUCUUCGACUACGGCGCCAAUGCCGCCGUCGUCUCCAGCACGCUGUCUCUCAACAUGGCCAUCUUCGCCUCGGUCUGCCUGGCCUCCCGCCUGCCCCGCGCCCUCCACGCCUUUGUCACCGUCACCUUCGCCAUGCAGAUCUUCGCCCUCUGGCCCGUGCUGCAGAAGAAGCUGAAAGCCCAGACGCCGCGGUGCUACGUGGGGGUGACGGUGCUCUUCGCGCUGGCGGCGCUGGCGGGGCUGGCCACCAUCUCCGGCGUCGGCGCCGUGCUCUUCGCCUCGCUGCUGCUCGCCGUCUCCUGCCUCUGCCCCUACUGCCUCAUCCGCCUUCAGCUGCUCAAGGACAACAUCCACGGGCCGUGGGACGAGGCCGAAAUCAAGGAGGACCUCUCCAGGUUCCUCAUGUAG